AUGAGCCAGAGGUUUUCUCCACAGGUGGAUGCGUUUGCCCGCGCUCUCAAGAGCUGUGCUUUGGCCAGGGAUCUCUCCAAGGGCAAGAAGCUCCACUCGCAAAUCCUCGCAAGCCCACACAGCUAUGACAGAUACCUCGGGAAUCUCCUCGUGGACAUGUACGGCAAAUGCGGCUGCCUGGAGAACGCGCGAUCCACAUUCGAUGCCAUCGUCGAUCCCAAUGUAUAUUCCUGGAACCUCAUCCUAGGCGCGUACAUCCAAUGUGGCGGGUUCGCAGACGUGGCGGGGUGCUUCGAUUCCAUGCCCAAGAGGGACGUGGUAUCGUGGAACGCGAUUCUCGCGGCAUAUACCGCGAAUGGGCAUCUGCAAGAUGCUAUAAGAGUCUUUGAGGGAAUGCCGCAGAGAGACGUGGUGUCGUGGAACUCGCUGCUAAACCUGUACGGGCAGAAUGGCGAUGCUGUCCUGGCCAAAUCUAUGUACGACAGCAUGCCCGAGAGGGACAUAAUCUCCAUGAACGCCAUGGGCCAAGCAUAUGCCCAGGCUGGGCAUUACAACAGUGCUAAAGAUGCCUUUGAUCGAAUGCCACACCACAGCGUUGUGUCCUGGAACGCUAUGAUUAAAGUCUACACAAUGGCCGGCGACACUACGAUGGCGCUCCAGGCUUUCAAUGAUAUGAAGCAAAGGGACGUGCUUUCGUGGACGGCUUUGCUCUCAGCAUAUGCCCUGGCCGGGCAUCUGGAGGAAUCUCGCUCCUUGUUUGAGAAGAUGCCACAGCGGGAUCUGGUGUCGUGGAACGCUAUCGCGCAGGCUCAUGCCCUCGGCGGCCAAGUCGAACGGGCGACGCGAAUAUUCUCGGACAUGCCCGAUCGAGAUGCCAUUUCGUGGACCGCGAUCAUCCAGGCGUACGGACGGACUGGGAGCCCGGAUAGAUCCAAGCAUUACUUUGAUUCCAUGCCUAGAAAGGACAUACUGUCCUGGGUGGCCUUGCUCCAAGCAUAUUCCCAGGCGGGAGUCCUUGACACUGCCAGUAGAUUGUUUGAGUUGAUGCCGGUGAAGGAUGGAGCAGCACACAAUGCGAUGCUCCAGGCAUAUGCCAACACUGGGAAUCUGGAAGAUACUAGGAGGAUCUUCCACGCAAUGCCCCAGCGAGACAUCGUUGCCUGGAAUCUGGUGAUCCAGGCAUAUUCUCAGUCGGGUAGCGCACCGGGUGCCCAAAUGGUACACGAGAAGAUGCCCGCGUGGGACGUGGUGUCGUGGACGUGUACGAUGGCCACCCACGCGCAGUACGGCAGAUUCCAGGACGCCAAGGGAAUGUUCGAGGAGAUGCCCGAGCGGAAUAUCGUGUCGUGGACGGCUAUGAUUCACGCGUACGUCCAAGCCGGAAAUGUCCACCAGGCCCGGGCCAUGUUUGACGACUUGCAAGGGAAAGAUUCCAUCUCGUGGAACACUAUGAUCCAAUCGUGUGCCGCGAAUGGCCAAUGGGAGAGUGUGCUGGAGCUCUCCCAUUUGAUGGUCUUGGACGGCCAUAGACCCAACGAGUUGACCUUUGUGGGGAUUUUGACCGGGUGUAGCCACGUCGGCAUGCUCGAGGAGAGCCGGUCCCACUUCCUGGCCAUGCAAGACGCGUACGGACUGGCCCCCAUUGUUGACCAUUACUGCUGCAUGGUGGACAUUUUGGGCCGCGCAAAGCAGCUGAAGGAGGCCGAGGAGCUUAUCGACACAAUGCCGUGCAUUCCGUACCCCGUGGUGUGGACGAUCUUGUUAGGAGCGUGUAGGAUCCAUGGUGACGUGGUGAGGGCCGCGAGGGCUGCUGACAUGGCGGUGGCGAUGGAUGCCAGCCAGGAGGAGUCCGCGCCCUACAUUCUCAUGUCCAGUGUGUAUGCCGAGGCCGGGAGGAAGGCCAUGUCAUUGGCACGUAGCAGGGAGAAAGAAGCCAGCUAG